AUGGGGUCGGCUGGUCAAGCUGGGGAAUUAGAUAAGUCUGGUAGAGCUGAUCAUAAUGUGGUUAGGAGUGAGGAAGAAGAGGGUAUUAGGAAUAGUGUGGCUUCUAAUCAGGAGUUGCAACAGGGGGGAGAUUUAGGCAGCACUCAAUUAGAGAACCCUUUGAAUCCUGUGAUUGUUCCCCAGGAUAAGGAGGAGAGUCCUAAGAGUAAUGGUCAGACUGAUGAUCCUAUUGUGACUAAGAGUCCCCUGCUCACUGAUGUUAGUUUGAUUGAAGUAGCUAUUAAGCCUGCCUCUGGGGUAGAUAAGAAUUGCCAUAGGAAAAAAAUUUCUGUCCCUAGGAAACCCAGACUGACUAAACAAGCUGUUGUGGAAGGCAUGCAAGUUGAUAAAGGGGGGGUGUCUAGUAGUAAGGUGGGAGAAAAAGUCUCUCUUAAGAGAGGUUGUGGGUCUUUACAGGAGGAUGAGUGGGCCUUGGGAGCUCAGUUAUCUAAUCCAAGUGAUCCAGCUCCGGAGAAACAGUUUAAGAAGUCGGUGAAGGCUUUCCAAAGUCGAACAUUGAAUCUCCUCGUACAUUCGUCAUAG